UCACCCUUACCUUUUCCAUCCACCCCCAACGCGAAUAUCAGCUGUUCAAUAGUGCAUAGCACUAGAAGAGCAUGCUAUUGGAAGCUUGAAGAGGCCAAGGAGUAGGAAAGCGCUUUACAGCCAUCUCAACGGCCAGCAGUUUGCGAUCGCGAAACCCUGUGCCUCACAAUCAUGGCUGCAGUUCUCAACGGCACGGCCAAUGGAGCCAUUAACGGCAUCGAUGCAGGCACCACUGCUAGUAUUCGAUUCUCCGACAUCCCAACGGCCAUCGAUAUCCCUGUCCAGGGUGAUCAGGAAGACGAAGCCGUCGAAAUCGAUCUCGAAGACCUCGUUGACGACCCUACCGAACUCUGCACACUAUUCGAAAACGAACAUGCUGCCAAGACAUACUGGAUGACCGUUGCGCUUGCCUAUGCAAAGCAGCACAAAAUUGAUCAUGCUAUUGAGAUGUUGAUCCGUGGCGGUGGCGCUAUCCAAAGCAACCCCAGAGACAAGGUCAGCAUGAUAUGCUGCCUUUGCUGGAUGUAUCUUUGGAAGAGCCGAGAAGCCCCACGAGUUGCACCAGAUGGUAUGAGGGCUUCCGAAGCAAAGACAAAAGAGCACUAUCUCCAGCUUGCUACAUCUUCUCUCAACGACGCUGCUAGGCUCAAUCCUUCAUUCCCACCCAUUUUCCUUGCGCGAGGUGUCUUGCUGCUUCUUAGAGCGUCGCUUCAGGCCCCUUCCAAGGCAGCAGGAAGCAUUGGAUCCGAAAAGCAGGAUUUGCUCAAGACUGCUAUCAAGUCCUUUGAUGAUGCCCUGCGCGUUUCUCAGGGCAAAAACAUGCUGGCGCUUAUGGGCAAAGCGCGUGCUUUCUUUUCAAUGCAAAAGUACCCGGAUGCUUUAACAAUUUAUCAGGACGUGCUCCAAAAGAAGCCCGGUCUCGUUGAUCCAGACCCCCGCAUCGGUAUUGGAUGCUGUUUCUGGCAGCUUGGGUUCAAAAAGGAUGCCAAGUUGGCUUGGGACAGAUCCUUGGAAAUCAACCCUAACUCGAAGGUGGCCAACAUCCUCCUCGGUCUCUUCUAUCUCGAUGCCAGUGGUCACGUCCCUGUGAACAGCGAUGAAUUUGUUAGGCUAUACAAAAGAGCCAUGACAGAGUACACCCAAAAGUCGUUCAAACUGGAUAAAGAUACUCCAUUAACUUGCAACACGUUUGCAAACUACUUUCUCUCACGCAAGGCGUGGGAUAAUGCUGACAAGCUUGCACACAAGGCUAUUCAGUAUACGGAUGUCAACGCCAUUGCCAGUGAUGGAUGGUAUCUCCUGGCCAGAAAGGCUCACUACAAUGGAGAUACAGAGCGCGCGAGCGACUACUACAGACGUGCCGAUGAGGCCAGAGGAGGAGCCGACACUGGCUACUUACCUGCCAAGUUUGGUAUUUCUCAGCUCUCUGUGUUGAAACAAGAUUUGGGUGAAGCAAAACUGAGAUUGGAAAAAAUGAUUCAGCAGUCCAAGAACCACGAAGCAAUGAUCCUUCUCGGUACAUUGUAUGCUGAAGAAAUAUUUUCGAGCCAGGAUAGCGACCUUAAAGAGGAUAAGUCUUCAGAGAUGAAGAAGGCCAUCACUCUUCUCGAAGGUGCACGAAACGCGUGGAAAGAUUCGAAGAGAAAUCUAGUUUCCGAUUCUUCUGUGCUGCUUAAUCUUGCACGUCUAUAUGAAGCGGAAAACCCGGAGAAGGCUCUCCAAUGUCUCCAACAAGUUGAGCAAUUAGAGUUAGAGCAGGUCCCCGACUCAGAAAAGCCCGAGAAAUCUACAGAUGAAACUGAAGCUCAAAUGGCGUUGCGAAAAUUCUUGCCUCCUCAACUGCUGAAUAACAUUGGAUGCUUCCACUUCCAAGCGGAAAAGUUUGAGUUGGCAAGCCAGAUGUUUGAAGCUGCCUUAGGUGCCUGCAUGAGAAUGAGCGAUAAGGACCCCAAUGCCGACACUGACGCUCUUGUUUCAACUAUUAGCUUCAACUUGGCCCGCAGUUAUGAAGGCAGUGGACUACAAGAAAAGGCUAUUGAAGUAUACGACGGUCUUCUGGCGCGACACGAUGACUACACAGACGCUAGAGCGCGCCUUGCCUAUAUUAAACUUCGCCAGCAUCCUAAUAAGGAAGGCCCUGAUGCAGUUGCCAAACUAUACCAGGAAAACACUGGCGAUGUUGAUGUCCGCGCGCUUUACGGAUGGUAUCUCGGCAAGGUGCAGUCACGGAAGCGACCUGCAAACAUUGUUGAGGAUCCUGAAUUCAGACACUACAAACACACGCUUCAAAACUACGACAAGCACGACCGCUAUGCUCUGGUAGGCAUGGGCAACCUCUACAUGCUACAGGCUCGAGAGAUGCGACGUGAGACAGACGCAGAGAAGCAGAAGCGUAGUGCCAUAUAUGGCAAAGCCGUCGAGUUUUUCGACAAGGCCCUCUCUCUGGACCCUAAAAACGCAUAUGCUGCCCAAGGCGUUGCGAUUGCCCUCAUUGAGGACAGAAAAGAUUACAAAAACGCUCUCACAAUCUUGAACAAAAUCCGCGACACCAUUAAGGAAGCGCAUGUUUACGUUAACUUGGGUCACGUCUAUGCGGAGCUCAAGCAAUUCUCCAAGGCAGUUGAGCACUAUGAGAUUGCUCUUAGCAAGGAAGGAAAAGCCAACGACGCAGCGAUUUUGUCGUGUCUCGGUCGUACCUGGCUUAACAGAGGCAGGGCCGAAAAGGAAAUCGAUUGUUACUACAAGGCGCUUGAUUGUGCUACAAAGGCGCUCGAAGCGGCGGCUGAUCAAAUCCACUACAAGUUCAAUGUCGCCUUCGUUCAGAUCCAAUUGGUUCAAACAAUUCAAGCCCUACCGGAGAACAGACGCAGUGCUGAGCAAUUGGAGGAGGCGGCUAAGGGGCUCGAAGCCGCCAUCGAAUCCCUCGAUGCCAUUGCCAAUAGCCCCCAGCCUCCUUAUCCCAAGCAUGACAUUGAACAGCGUGCUAACAUGGCCCGCAACACCCUACGCAAGCAACUCGAGCGAGCUAUCGCUAAGCAAAAGGAAUGGGAAGAGGUCAACAAAGAAAAGAUUGAGGCUGCCAAGAAACAGCGAGAAGAGGAGCUUGCCCGUCGCGAAGAGGAGAGACAACGAGCCAUCACUGCAGAAAAUGAGAGGCGCGCAAAGCUGAAGCAAGAGCGAGAAGCCAUUGCUGAGAAGGACAGACUACUCAAGGAGGAGCGGGAUCGUGAAGAACAGGAACGUCUCGACGCCGAAAUGACGGUAGAUGAAGAGACUGGUGAUAAAGUCAAGCGGAAAAGGAAGCCAGCCCCGCGCCAGACUGGUGAGGGCAAACCUAAGAAGGCUGCCAAAAAGAAGCAGAGCGUCCGAGAUGAUGGCGACGAGGACGACGAAGGCUCUGAUGGUGCAUCUCACGCCAAGAAGAGGCGCCGCCUUACGAAGCGCGAAAACUCCAAGUUCAAGUCCCAAGAAAUCAUCGUGGAUAGUUCUGAAGAAGAGGAUGGUGACGACGAUGCCUCGGACAAAGAAGAUGUACAGUUGGAUGAUAAUGUUAGCGAUGGCGAGCAAGCUGAUUCAGGCGACAAAAUGGAUAUGGAUCAAGCUGGUGAUGAAGAUGACGAGAUUUCCACUCGCCGGAAGCCUGCCAAGCGAUCUCGCCGAGCACGCGUGGUCGAUAGUGACGAAGAAGACGCUGACGAAGCGGUCGGUGGAGCGGAGGAUGACGAUGAAUAAAAGCGACCGUCUGAUUCUUGUAUAGCUUCGGAUUUGCUUUCAUAGGCGCUCAUUUGCCUCAUGGUUAGGCGUACUUUUAGAGUCUUGAUAUCUUCUUUGUCAUUUUGUCCUUUUCUCUACGUAGCUCAAGUUUGAGGCUGAGGGAAGCUUGGGGUAGUCAUAUUUCCAUGUAAUUGUAUGUUUGGUUUAAUAGAGCAAAAGAUUUAGCUUCAUCAUGUCAAACAGUUCAACGCCAACGCCC